AUGGAAAGAGCUAUUGCUGAAGCUCUCGUUUCCAAUGUCGUCUCUCAGCUUGCCAACCUCCUCGCACAAGAAGCUGCUUUCUUAAGUGGGGUCAGGGAUCAAGUCGAAUGGGUGAAAGCACAACUCCAGCUAUUGCAAGGUUUCCUCAAAGAUGCCGAGUCCAGGAAGAGGGGAGAUGCAAGAAUGGAGAUCUGGAUAAAGCAGAUGAAAGAUGUGGCAUAUGAAAUAGAAGACAUCAUAGGCACCAUCAAGUACAUGGGCGAGAGGCAGCGUCAGAGGAGAGGCUUCAUGGGCACCAUUUCCAGGUACUCUCACAAACCUGGUGAAUUGAUUACCCUACAUAAAAUUGGUUCUGAAAUUGAAAAAAUAAAGGAAAAGAUCCAGAAUCUUUUCGCGAGCAAAGAUACAUAUGGCAUUACUGAUAUAGGUGGAAGUAGUGCGGUGGAUGAAAUUUCGCAAUCACUCAGACAAUCCUCUCCUCACUCUGAUGAUGAUGACAUUGAUGUUAUAGGCUUCGAGAAUGAUAAGAAAGAAAUAGUGUGUCAAUUGCUUGAUGGGAAUGAGAAAGCACGAUGUGUAAUUUCUAUAGUGAGUAUGGGUGGACUAGGCAAGACCACCCUGGCAAGUAAAGUGUACAAUGACCCUGCAAUUAAAAAACAUUUUGAUACCUCUGCUUGGGUUUCAGUUUCUCAGAGCUACCGAGUUAUCGAGCUAGCGAAGGACAUCAUGAAAAAAGUAAUGGGAAUCAAAAAGAAGAAAGAAACAACUACAGAAAUUACUGAAGAAGACUUAGAGCAGAUGGGUGAAGAAGAAGUGAGAGAGAAGCUCCGUGAUUUCCUAAGAGACAGAAAGUAUUUGGUCGUGAUGGAUGAUGUAUGGAGUGUUGACGUUUGGGGACAAAUGCAUCCAUUCUUUCCUAAUGGAAACAACGGCAGCAGAAUACUGCUUACUACCUGUGAGAUGGAAGUUGCAAACCGUGCCAGGUCAAGCUUUCCUCCAUAUAAACUGCACACUCUGGAUGACACACAGAGUUUGGAACUCUUGUGUAGGAAGGCAUUUCCACUAAAACAAGAUGUCCCCGCUGAUUUGAAGGAAUUGGCCAAGAGACUUGCAAAGAGGUGCGGUGGACUUCCUCUUGCACUAGUGGCGUUAGGGGGCCUUCUAGCAUGA